AUGAACAAGUUGUCGUUGGUUUUGUUACUUGUUAACUUAGGCGUUUUAACCAGUCUAGUCACAACUUUGGACGAAAAUUUUGCGGACAACGAUCCAGACGAGAGCAUAUGGAGCGAGUACACUUCUGAUCAAGUGAGUGCCGAUCAAAUGCCGGAAGUUCAGAGUAAAAGAAAAUAUGGAGAUAGUCUGCUGACGGCCUGGGGUCGAAAGAGGUCUGGUAUCUCCAAUAUUGACCACGUCUACCCCUUACCAAAUGAACCUUACAGAUUAGCAAACAUCAGGAAGACGAACAACAAACGCAAGUGGGGUGACAGCGCCAUAACUGCUUGGGGUAAAAGAACCUACAAAUCCCCUAGAAAAGCGUAUGGUCUGAUGAAUUUUGAAGGUGAAGGAAUCGAAUUUUGA